AUGACUCGACGUGGCACCUACCUCGCACGAGGCAACGCAGGCUUCAAAGUGGCUCCCAACUUUGUGCGCAACCUCAAGGCCCGAGGCAAAGUGGUCAAGUCGAAGCCCAUCUUCAGCUACCUGCUGCCAUCCAACAGAUCAAACACCAUCCGCAACCUCCGUUACAACACACUUCCUCGACUACGACAGUCCGCCCAGUCCCGUAUAUACCGCUUCCUUGUCAGUCGACAGGCCAGGAAGCAGCAGCCCAAGGUCAAGGGCAUCCUCGCCUACCUGCGUCAGCGCUUGAGGUCACGCGCCGAGAAACAUGCACCUGUCUCGCCAAAAGAGACAAUCCCAUCCACAAACAUGUCAUACCGCGGAUACCAAGACGAUGCGCCUCGCGAGUCGGGCGGCCGUCGUAAGAAGCUGGCCGGCUACCUCAAGGCCGCGAACGAGCUAAGGCAGUCAUACGCAUCGCAAUGGUCCCAGUCCAGAGACUUUGCCAACGACAGCGAGGAGCAGCCCGGUAUCUUCCCGGGCGCCGAUGUCGUCCGUAGCGGCGACGAAGAGAUGAUCAUCUUCCCCAGCUACGCCACCAAGCACAUUCGAGCAAAACCCCGCGCUCAUCCAGGCACCAUCCAGCAACAAGGCGGCACUGGACGAGACGUACGAGACACGGCAGGAGCUGGAGACGCAGAGUUCUGGAAAGCACAAUGGGAAGAAUACGAACAAGACAAGGCUAUUGUCGAUGUCGACGUGCGUGGAUGGCUCUACACUCCGCACAAGGGCCAACUCAGCCGCAAACAUCGCCUCAUGGUUGGUCUUGCGAGACAACUGGUCGGCAUUCAAGCCCCAUCAGCCAGGUCGAGUUCUGCCAACAGUCGAGCCAGCAGCCGCUCGUCUAGCCCCGUCGGUGGCCACAGAGAUUCCACUACCAGACAAGAGGAGGAAGCAAUACAAAAACAAGCAGACGAGAUUCUGAAAAAGGGCGAGAAGGAAGCCGAAAUUGCUGGAAGAGGCGGUUUUAGCGAGCGACCCGGCCGAUAUGCAGAAAGCACUCGCUCCAGAGAACCCUCUCCCGCCCCCAGCGCUAGAGAGGGCCCUACUUUUGACGACUUCCUCCAACCAACGAGGUCCAAUACUGCUGGCUCCGACUUCAUCGAUCCUGUGCAUAAGCGCUCGUCAUGGCCAAAUCCUGCNAAAAUGUCGUCCGAGCAACUCGUCACGGCAAACAACCAUCUCAUGGCCCGUCUGAGACCUUUCAUGGCCAACCCGCUGGCCAAUGCAUCAGUCAGCGCUUUCUUCUACAACGAUAAAAUUUCCCGUCAGAGGACUGUCCAGACGAAUGCUGCUGGUCACUUCCAUCUACGAGCCGCUCUGGACUUUGUUCCUACUCAUGUACGCAUCCUCGCGUCUGAGGAUCUGUCUGCCACCGAAGAAGUCAAAGUCACGCCCGUCAGAGGUGUCAGCUUGAUCAGUGAUAUUGAUGAUACCAUCAAGCACAGUGCAAUCACUAGCGGUGCGAGAGAAAUCUUCCGCAACGCCUUCAUUCGCGAUCUUGGAGACUUGACCAUUGAAGGUGUCAGGCAAUGGUACUGUAAACUCGCCGAUAUGGGCGUGCAGAUGCAUUACGUCUCCAACUCGCCCUGGCAGCUGUAUCCUGUCAUUACUGGCUUCUUCAAGGCUGCCGGGCUACCGCUCGGUUCUUUCCAUCUGAAGCAAUACAGUGGUAUGCUGCAGGGUAUCUUUGAGCCAGUCGCCGAACGCAAGAAGGCCACUCUUGACCGCCUGUUCCGCGACUUUCCAGAACGCAAGUUCGUACUCGUCGGUGACAGCGGUGAAGCAGAUUUGGAAGUUUAUACUGAUGUGGUUCUGGAGUAUCCAGGCCGCGUAGUUGCAAUCUUCAUCCGAGAUGUCACAUCGAAACCUGACAAGGGCUUUUUCGAUCCGUCCAUGGGUCCGUUGAGCGGUGAUAGAUCAUCUAGAAGUCAUUCUCGUAACAUGUCGACUGAUAGCUUGGUUGGAGCCAAGCGACUAAACCGUCCCUCAGAUAUUCAGGACGAUGAUGAGGAGCUUCGCAGAGCCAUAGCUGAAUCUCUCAAAGACACCGAACCAGACAAGAGGUCACUGUUUGGUGCAGAUGUCGAGCCGACAAAGAUGCUUGGAGGUAGACCCGCGUUGCCACCACGACGUCCGACAGACCCGCCUGCACCACAAGCAUCUGCAGUGGAGGACAACCUCAUCGACUUUAGUGAUGACGAGAGCACUUCUCCGUUGUCAAACGAACCUCAAAAGAGAGCCUACAGCACAUCACUCGCUAGAAGACCUGCCAUUCGCUCUCAUACCGAGAUACCAGCUAAGCGCGCGACUCCUCCACCUCCGCCUAAACCAGCUGCAUUGCGCUCACCCUCAGGCGAUGGCAAGAGCGCAAUCUUCCCACCUCCAGCGAAGGACUCCCCUCCAGCACCGCCUAAACCUCGCAAACCCAGCACUACUGUUAACACCACGAACGUGCCUUCACCACUAUCUCAAGUCAUCGAGCCAUCUCCCGCAACAACUGCACCACCACCUCUACCAAAACGCCAUUACCUCGCCUCUGCAAAGCAAAAGCUGUCACCCACAACCGCAUACUUUUCCUCUACAAAACGCAGCCCCACGUGGGGGUCUGAAAGCAGCGGUACCUCGACCCCUGGCGAACAGCGCACCUUGACUUCUUCNCUCAGCAUCACGCUCUAUGGACAAUUUACGCGGUGGUGCUGCCGCCUCUGCCUCUGCCUCUACCUCUACAACCCCUGCACGCCCCAAACCCCCACCCCCCACCGCAACCUCUCCCACUACCCGGCAGCCGCGGCCUCAUACGCCAGCAACCGCCUCAGCGGCGCCUGGAACGACUCCUCCUUCCACGAACCCCUAGACCCCGAAGGCGGCCCCCUUCUCAGCAAGAAAGAAGAGUUAUGGAAGAGGCGCUGGAGUAAAGCCAAACACAUCAUGGAGAGAGAAGGUGUGGUACUCCGCACCUGGCGCGUGGGCAGUGAUGUGGAAAGAAUUUGUGUUGAAGCCGUGCGGCAGGAAUUAGCCGAGAUGGAAAAAAAGACAGAAAGGAUUUGGAGAUGCAGAGGUUGA